GCGGAGCUGCCGCCCCAUCAUGGCGGAGGCGGAGGAGCCGCAGCAGCAGCCGCAGAGCGCCGGCCGCAGCGACGGCGGGGAGGAGGUCGCGGAGGGCGGAGCGGCGGUGGCGGGGGCCGCCGAGCCGGGCCCGCCCGCGGCCGGGUCCCCGGGCACCGAGGAGCCCGCGGGCGACGCCAAGAAGAAAAUUGACGUGCUGCUGAAGGCCGUGGGCGACACCCCCAUCAUGAAGACCAAGAAGUGGGCGGUGGAGCGGACCCGCACCAUCCAGGGCCUCGUGGACUUCAUCAAGAAGUUCCUCAAGCUGAUGGCCUCCGAGCAGCUGUUCAUAUAUGUAAACCAGUCUUUUGCUCCAUCUCCAGACCAAGAAGUUGGGACCCUCUAUGAGUGUUUUGGAAGUGAUGGCAAGUUAGUGCUGCAUUAUUGCAAAACUCAGGCAUGGGGAUGAACGACAGGCAAUACAGUUGUUCAGGUGUUCUCUUCAAAAAGGGAAAAAGGGACUAACUGUCUUAAACUCAACCUGUAAACACAUGGCAAGAAGGAUUUUUGCGUUUCUGCUUGUGCCUGUAUGAUGCAGGUGAAUAGCAUAAGCAAAAAUCUGCUUAGGCUGGCUGAUCACGUGGCUUCUUUCUGAUGUACAUCUGAGGUGCAGAAAAAACACCUGCGAUCUGUAGAGUAGAGCCAGCUCUCUUGCUGCUGACUUCUUAAUUGCUGUAUCUGAAGGGAAGCUAUUUCAGCUGUCUGGAGGAUUGACUGGACACCUGUAUGCUGUAUUGAAGAUAAAAGUACCUUUUUUUAUUAAAAGUGAUGUCUGUUGUACAUAUAGCCUGGGGUUCAGUUUACUUCUGACAUGUGCGUUUGUUACGUGCAUUCUGAAUAUGCAUUAUCUCGUGUCAUUUCAAAACAGUAUUUUUUUUUUUUCUCAUGAUGUGUAGGUAUUGGUAUAUAGUCUGACUACUUUACUCUGUGCCUUCCUAGUGUUGGUAGUGUCAGCACCUCAUCAUUUAUAUGGCACAGCAUGAGGAUAGGCCUCAAAAUACCUUCCUCCCACACUAAUUGCGUAGUGAUUUGGUGAAGCCUGAAUGCUUCAGCAGCUGUCAAGGUGUUUCUUCUGACACUGUUUAAUGACUUGUAUCUUUAGUUAAAUGAUGCAACUAGCUGUUACAUCUUCAGUUAACAGACAAAUAGACAUGAGGUGCUAAAAAUCUAUUCUAUAUAUUCUCAUUUUGUUUGGUGUAAUUCUUGUGUUUCACCAGAUGCAUGGUCCACCAAUGAAAUAGAAUGCACUUUACAUCCUUUUGCUAAGUCAUGACAGUGAGGCUUGGUUUGGGGUUUGUUUCAUCAUGGAGAGGUCUUGGUACCUUUACUAGGGUACUGACCUUUGCUUUUAUUUGUUGGAGGGUUUGGGUAUGAGAGUUGGGGGUUUUAUGGGUUUAUUUUAAAUGUCUGUGUUACAGUCUUUAAUGUUUGUUUAAGCUGACCUAAAUUAAAUGUUAGUUUGCUUGCAUAAUGUUCUUAUACUGGAUGAGUUUUGAUCCAUGACGUAAUCCAGUUCUUCAGCACACACAGACAAAACAGCCUGUUCCAGUUUAAAGGGUGCUUUUACAGUAGUCUUGAACUGUUCACUGCUGUUUCAUACAUAACUGGCUCUUAUGUGGCUCUGCAACCUGUGUGUCCACCCUCAGAGGACUUAGGGAGAACUAACACUCAGCUUACCUUCCCAGUGUUGCUGCAGUUUGCAUGCAGCACACCAUGUGUGCCACAGUUACACGGACACAGGCCCUGCAUCCUUGCUGUGUGAAUAGCUCAGUAUAUUUUACCAUGCUUUAAGUGGAAAACCUGGAUUCACUGGGUUAAGCUAACAAGGCAGAAUUGGUUGUAAACUUAAAACUUCAAAUAAUCCAUAUUUUUCCCUGCUCAUAACCUGGAUCUCGUGAAUCUCCAUUUGAGAGAAUUAUUGCAGAGGUAAGCACUCUGAUUCUGCCUUGUGGAGGAAAUUGCCUGCUCAGGUACUGUGAGGACAGCACAACCUUGCCAGCCACUAGAGGGUACACAAGGACAAAGGUAUUUGCAUAGUUUUUCCUAGAUUUUUUAUUUCAGUCUUUUUCAUAGCAUGUCCACUUGCUGUUCUUACAAAUAUAAAUAGUCUGUUCUCCCGUGUGACCCUAUGUUUACCUAAGAUAAGCUACUAGUCUGGUUCUCUUUGAAGAAUGUUCUAUUGGUACCUUUCACCUCACUUGAUCUUAACAAAUGAAACUACUGAUAAACUGCAAAUGUGCUCUUCAGAAGUGAUGCAACAAGGUUGGGGGGUGUGUGUGUAUUUGGUUGGUUGGUUUGUGUGUAUUUGGGAGGGUUGUGUUUUGGUUUGGUUUUAAAAUAAUAAAAACACAUUAAGAUCUUGAAGAAGAACUGUACAUCAUUGUAUCAUGCCAGCUAAACGUAGAACAUUGUGAUUUAUGUUGAAUCUAUAGAUAAUUUUUAUUCUCUGAAGUUGAAUAAAAAAUUAUUUGCCAUGA